AUGACCCUAAGCUUGGAAUCCUACUUCGCUUCAGAGCCAAGAGAAGUGCCACUCAUCAAGGAACCUGUGCUUGACGAGGACGAGGAGGAGCUUCGCAGCUUAGAGAGCCCCCUCGUUGUCAAGAAGAAAAAACGAGGGCCCAAGAAGCAGAAGGAGAACAAGCCCGGGAAACCCAGGAAACGCAAGAAAUUAGUCAGCGAGGAUGAGUUUGAGUCGGACCGAGAGGAGUAUCGGGCCAAGUCGGAGAGCGGCGGAAGCGAUUAUGGGGGAGUGGGGAAGAAAAAGCGGAGGAAGCAUCGGGAGAAGAAGGAGAAGAAGACGAAGCGGCGGAAAAAGUCGGAGGAAGAUGGAGUGCAGAAGCCAAAGGUGGAGCAGAAAUCCUCUGCUCAGCUGCUCAUGACCUGGGGACUGGAGGAUGUGGACCACGUCUUCACUGAAGAGGACUAUCACACCCUGACAAACUACAAAGCCUUCAGCCAGUUCAUGAGGCCUCUCAUUGCCAAAAAGAACCCCAAGAUCCCGAUGUCCAAAAUGAUGACGAUCAUGGGAGCCAAGUGGCGGGAGUUCAGCGCCAACAACCCCUUCAAAGGGUCAACGGCUGCCGUGCUGAAAACAAACCAGAGUGUCUUUGUGGUAGCUGAAAGCAUCCCGAGAGGGGUGGAGCGGGAGAGGGUAGCAGCCAAGGACCGUCCCGUUCUUGGGGAAGGGGAGGUAUCGAUGCUUGCUGAGCGGUGCCACCCGCCUGCUGCCUUGUCGCUUUUUGGGGAGCCCGUCUCCUCAGCAAGACUCCCCUCGCCCUGCCCUCGUCCCGGCCACAAGAAACGGAGCAAGAGCCCGCGCAUCCCGGAGAUGAAGAGGAAGGGGAAGGGGAAGAGGAUGGCGCCUCUGAAGAUCAAGCUGGGCAUGAUCGGGGGCAAGCGCAAGAAGAGCAGCUCACAUUUGUUUCAGAGCGACGAGUUGGGAGAGCCGGAGGAGGAGUCCGACCUUGACAACUCUAGUGUUCACAGCUCUUCGGUGCGUUCAGACAGUUCAGGGAGGGUCAAGAAACUGAAGCGGGGCAGGCCUGGACGGAAGAAGAAAAAAGUUGCUGGCGACGAAGAGGCAGACGGCUACGAGACAGACCACCAAGACUACUGUGAGGUGUGUCAGCAGGGCGGGGAGAUCAUCCUCUGCGACUCAUGUCCCAGAGCUUACCACCUGGUGUGCCUGGAUCCGGAGCUAGACAAGGCCCCCGAGGGCAAGUGGAGCUGCCCCCACUGUGAGAAGGAAGGGGUGCAGUGGGAGCCGAAGGAGGAGGAGGACGAGUACGAAGGGGAGAUGGACGACGGCGAGAAGGAGGAGGAGGACGACCACAUGGAGUACUGCCGAGUCUGCAAGGACGGAGGCGAGCUCUUGUGCUGUGAUGCCUGCAUCUCCUCCUACCACAUCCACUGCCUCAACCCUCCCCUUCCAGAGAUCCCCAACGGGGAAUGGUUGUGUCCCCGCUGCACGUGUCCCAUGCUGAAGGGCCGCGUGCAGAAAAUCCUCUACUGGCGAUGGGGGGAGCCCCCGACCCCAGUAGCCGUUCCCCUGCCGUCCGACACCAAGCCAGAAGACCCGCCGCCCAAGAAUCUGCAAGGGCGUUCGGAACGCGAGUUCUUUGUCAAAUGGGUCGGCCUCUCCUAUUGGCACUGCUCCUGGAUCAAGGAGCUGCAGCUCGAGAUCUUCCACUUGGUGAUGUACCGAAACUACCAGCGGAAGAACGACAUGGAUGAGCCCCCGCCACUCGACUAUGGCUCCGGCGACGACGACGGCAAGAGCGAGAAGAGGAAGAACAAAGACCCGUUCUAUGCUGAGAUGGAGGAGAAGUUCUACCGCUACGGCAUCAAGCCUGACUGGAUGACCAUCCAUCGCGUUCUAAACCACAG